UGCGUAAGAGUUCGGUUAGUUUGAAUAUUAAAACUGAGACGAAAGUCACGGAAAAUGUCUCAAUCUGAAAGUUUGAAUAGCGAAGGUCCAGAUAUUUUUAAAUUCGAACUACUUUUACAAGAAAAAUUAAAUGAAUCAAUAUGGAAAUCGAAAGCACUGGAACAAUCGCAGCAAGAAUUAUUGAAAGUUCGUCAAGAUUUAUUGAACAAAGAGUUAAUUUUGGAAGAGAAUAAACGAACCAUCGACGAUUUGAAAGUACAGUUGUCAUCCGCUCAAAAAGUAGUCGAAAUGAAUGAGAAGGAAAAAACCAAGUACAUAAACGAACGCUUGCAACUGCAAAUCAACUGCGACGUUGCCAUGAAAGAAAGGGAAUCUUUAUUGCAUCAAGCUCACAUGGCAAAAUAUGAAAACAUGACUUUAAAAUUAGAUCUACAAAAACAAUCGGAGACAGUUACAGCUCUUGAGUCAUCAAAAAAAACGUUGGAGUCAUCUUUAAUCGAAAUCAAGGAAAGAUAUUCUAAAAUAAAUAGUUCUUUGCAAAGUAAUAUUUCAAAAUUAAAGCAAGAGCACGAAUUUUUAUUGAAAUCUGUUGAAGUUGCAGUACAUUUAAACAAACGCUUACAAACUGUAGGCCUGUGUGCUCACUCUGUUUUUCAAAAACAAAACGAAGAAAUAGCGAGAUUGCGAAAAGAGUUACUUAACAGGAAAAGUGAUUUUUGGAAGGAACAAGCUGAAACUAAUCAAAAAACCAUUGGUUGUAGAAAAAUUAAAAAUAUGGAUUUGCAGGUUACUUUAGACCAAAUAAGGAAAGAUACUGAAAAAAGUCAUGAAAUCGAUAUGGAGGUAGAAACUAUACUGAAAGAACACGAAAUUUUUUAAAUAAUAUUUAUAUAUCAUGAGAAUUUAAGAAUUGGAUUGAUGGGGUUGAUGACUUUCUUCAAAUGUGUAAGUUUGCUCAUAAAUGUGGGAAUACCAUAACAUAUAUCAUAUUUAAUAAUUAAUAGUCAUUUGUAUAUUUAGAAUAAAAUUAAACCACAUUGGAUUAUUCAAAAUGCAAAAUAGUUAAGAAUACGCGAGCUGUGAUAACAACAAGCUGAUGCUAUAAAAAUGAUUCAUAUAGGACCUCUGUACAUACUUAAAUCAACUUAAUUUUCUAAACACAAACUUUUUAAUGUAACAAAAGAAUUUAAUCUUGUACAAAAUGGAUACUUGCAAAAUUAUCCGAGCCCUCACCUGCACCUACGUAGACGUUUAAUUAACGUUUUAUUAAUAUUUUUUGUCUGAUACUCAUUGUAUGAUAGACCUAAUCAUGUUUUGAGUUUUUUGUAUUUUCAUUUAACAAAUAU